ACUUUUGUACGGCACACUACUUGGACCCCGUGUAACUGGGAGGCAAAAGUGCAGCAAUGCAGUGCAAGACGGAGAGUUGGCUAUAUUGCUGAUGACAGGUGGGAUGCUGCAGAGGAGGAGAGUCCUCUAUAAUAAAUCUCAAGGCUUUUUGUGGCAGCCUCUACAUUUACAGCCAAUUACAGCGCUUCAUCGACUUACACAGGGGUUUCUUUAGAGAGGAAUGAUUUAUAUUGAGCAGAUAACUGAUAACAGUCUUUAUUUUAAGUACAAACAGCCAGUCAAACUAAACCGAACAGUAGUUGUUAUUUGGAACACAGGAGUAGAUCUUUAAAGCCGAGAGAUUUAAAAGGGACUAAGGAGUUUCCCUAGUGGGAUUGCUGUAUGCAGAGAGCCCCUCCAUUAUGCGCUCCAUUUCUCCUUCCCAAUACUUCUCCCUGCUAACACACCACCCCUCCCCUCUCAUUUCCACUGCACACAGUAAAUCCAGAGCCUGCAGUGCCUGAUCGAGCCAACCCAAAAGAUCCAUAAGAUGCAGUAGUAAACCCUCAGCUUGCCCAGGGAGCAGAAAAGGAACUGAACUACACGCGAGGCGAGGGCAGAACACCUGCACCGGACAACCGAGCAAGGGUCAAAUUCUAAGAUAGAUACACAGGAGGGGGAAGAGAGAAAAAAAAAAAUCACCUUCAGCAGAGCACCAGCUGGUCCCGAGCUUGAAAGCAGCAGAGAGGAGACAGAAGAGGUGCUGAGCGGCAAAAAAGGAGCAAAGAAAAGUGACUGGAAUGAUAAGAUGAGGAGCAGGCCUGCACUGCUGAAGCUGUUUCUUAAUGAGGCCCUCCUGGAGCUUGCGCUCAUGCUGUGGCUCGGGCUUCGCGUCCUGGCCGUGUGCCCCUCCAUGUGCUCCUGCAGCCGCAGCCACAGAGAGGUGGACUGUUUCCGGAGGAGCCUGAGAGAGCUCCCCGACGGCUUGCAGCACAACAUCCUCUCCCUCAACCUGUCCCACAACCGGCUUCUCCAUCUGGACGGCAGGCUCACCUCGUACACCCACCUCCGCGUCCUGGAUUUGUCCCACAACCGGCUGAGCCGCCUGCCCAAAGCCCUCCCCCGCUCCCUGUGGCAGCUCCACGCCUCCUCCAACCACAUCCAGCUGUUGGACAAGAACGACACGGCCUACCAGUGGAACCUGCGGAGCCUCGACCUCUCCGACAACAAGCUGGAGAGGGCCAUCUUCAUCAACAACACGCUGGCGAAUCUGCGCACGCUCAACCUCAGCCACAACCACUUCUGGACUUUGCCCACCAACCUGCCGGCGCACCUGGAGACCGUCGAUCUGUCCCACAACCUGCUGGUGAAGGUGCUGCCGGGUUCUCUAGAGCGGCUCCCGAGGCUGUCUCACUUCUACCUGCACGCUAACCGCUUCUCCUCGCUCCCCUUCGGCGCUUUGGACAAAAUGGUCUCCCUCAGAGUCAUCACUCUGGGCAACAACCCUUGGGCCUGCCACCUUUAUGCUGACGUCGACUACUUACAGUCCUGGACUCAAAGCACCUCCGCGCUCGUCCUCGGCUGCCCCUGCCACACUCAGCCCGUGUGUGGGGGGACGCAGCCCAGCAGAACUGGAGCUCGGCACUUUAGCUCCUUCGUUCUGCCUCCUCUGGCGGUCGGCACCCCAGGUCCGAGCUCCACGUCCCCCGAAGACAGCGUCACGCGGUGGCACUGGUCGGUUUCCGCUUUGCAGAGCACGCCUCAAACCCGCAGAGAGGCUCUGAACGCACACCACGGCGCCUUCACGGAGACGCCCAUCAGCAUCGCCACCUUAACAAUUAAUCACCCGGCUGGAACCGGCGGCUGGGAGAGCAUAGAUCAUCUCUCCUCUGGCACAAAGGAAACCUCAGACCCGCUCCGCACAGCAGACUCGUCCCAUUUCUCCGACAAAAGUCUAAUUACCGACGCACCUAGAGGAAACGGCGUGGAGCUGGCCUCCGAUCGAUUCUUCAUAACGGAGGCCUCCUCCACCCAGACAAAGAGGACAGCCACUCUGCGCACCAGAAGCGUGAGGAGACAGAACCAGUCGCCUUCCGGUGGCGUCAGAAACAGCGGCCCGACCCUCGGCGCGGCCGGCUCCCCGCUCGGCGCCGUUCGCAACUCGCUGCUUCUGUCUCUCUUUCUGCCUCGAGUCGUCUGACAGAUGGCGAGAAGAGACGAGGCAAGGCGGGAGUUUGCAGGAGAAAAUGCACAAAGAGGCAUGACGGCAGGACAGUUGUUACAUACGUAGAAGCCAUGUUUUCCAGGAAAUAAAUGUUUAGACCAAAAAAAAAAAAAAAGAAAAAAAAUGAAAAGUCUGUUACCAUGUUUUUUGAUCACAUAUGGUUCACACUGAUGCCAGCAAAACGGAUUUGAGAAAAGACGGAACAAAGGUGUUUGUCUCUCCGUUUUAUUUCCCCCGACUUUGAGCACCGUCCUGCAUAUUUUCUUUCGCCACGGAACUUACAGGAUGUGUGCGGCUUCGUUUUGAUGAUUCAAACACACAUUAAGGUGCAACGGUUUGGUUGAACUCUCGCCGUUUCACCUGUUACAACCACAAACCUCAGUGUGCUUUUACUAGGGUUCUAUCUGAUCAAAAAACAAACAAAAAAAAACACAAAAGUUGUGCACAACUGAGAGCCUCUGUGAACAAUAAGCAGUUGAAGAAAUGCAUCCCCGCAGCAUGACGCCGCCACCACCGUGUAUUUGUUUAGGGGGCAGUGCAGAGCGUGUGCGUCUCUUCUUCCACGUGUACGCAGUGUGCCCCUAAAAUACUUUUAGCAAUGCUAUACAGUGCUCUCUUCAAUGAGGAAGAGAUUGCACAACAUAUAAAUAUCAAAAGAUUCUCUUACCUAAGCUAUGGGUGGACCGCCAUGAGUCUGUAGUCAAUGCUACAAUAUUUAUUUAUUUUUAUCUAGGGAUAUUACAGUAAAGUGGGCUGGCUAUGUUUGCAUGUCACAUUUGUCUGAUAGGGUUGAAAUCCUGGAGUGACUUUCCUUCUACUUAACUAUAAUGAAAUACUUUUGGCAAACAAACUGAAAUCCCAAGGAAAACACUGAAGUUUGUGGUUAGAACAUAAAAUGUGAAAUUAUGUUUUCACGAUGUGUGAGUAAUUUGGUGAGGCGCUGCACAUGGUUGCAUUUAUUGAUCAAAAACAUAUCUUUCAACAUGAACUGUACCUUUACGCCGAUGUACCAUCUUCACACCGUGGAUGUUAAGCUUUCAGAGGGUUUGCUGGGCAGAAGCUGACAGUUACAUCUCGUCGUCGCCCUGAGAGUCUCUUUUAAGGGGCUACCUGAAAGAUUCCUGAAAUUCUUUCCACAUACCACAAAGACAGUUACAGUUUAGCUCAUCGUCAACAUAUCUCUGAAAGAUGAAACCUCUAACAGUGUGGAUUUUUUUUUUUUUUUUUUUUAUCUGAACUAACUUUAAUGAUGGAGGUGUUGUUAAAGCCAAGCGGAAUAUCACCAGAAAAUUAAUGCAAGAGGGCCGAGAGUUCGCGGCCAAUCUGCAUCAGCUUUUCAGCCUCAUUAGCUCUGUUUGUGAUGAAUGCUUCGCAGGCUUUGCCGUUUUACAUGGGCAAAACCCCGAUCUUCUCAGAUGAACCCUCCCUAUUCUUUGCUUUUCCUCCUAAAGACCGGCCCUCCCUGGCUCACUCUUCUAUAUUUCAACAGCAUCCCCCUCUUAGAAAGGCAAUUAUACACCUUCGCUUUUACGCCAUUUAGAUAUGAAGAUCGUUUUACUAUGAAAUGUUAAACAAACGGUGCAACAUUUCUGAUUGCUGCUUUUUUCAAAGACUCCUUUUGAACCUUAGUGAGGAGAAAUGAAUAAAAAGAAUGUAAUGAAUAAAGCUCAGCACAUGAUGGCACUAUAUACAUUCAGCAAAUAGUUUGCUGUAGAGCUGAAUCCCUUGACUUUGUGCCACAGCUGGCCAAGGGGCUUUUCGUUACACCUGUGGUCCGCCAUAUAUUUGGUCUCAUGUUUAUUUUUCUCACUUGACUGAUUUCUUUCUGAAUUGCAAAUUGUUGUUUUUCUGUACAAAAAUCCACAGUUUUUUUUUUCUUUCCUUUCUAAGAUUUAUCAAAUGAAAUGUUUUUAAUUAAAAAAAUCAGGGAUGCCCCCAAUCCCCGCUGGGUGGAUGUUUCUUCUAACUUAUUUGAUGAUUCUGUGGAGAAGCUGUCUUUUCCCCCUGGGCAGGUGUAUACAUUUGUCGUGACAUGAGCGUUACAGGAAGCAACAGAGACUCUGUCGAGCAGAGGGCAAACAAACGGACAAUAUAUCUAAUGAACAGCGAGUGCCUGGCUCCCCUUGCGUAUUUUGAUCACAUCUCAGACUUAAGUGUCCUUCAUGAUUCAGUGGCGCUCGUGAAAAUCAUCUGCAUGGCGACCGAACGUUUGAGGAAUGCAAACUUCCUGGUGUUUUUACUGCAGAGCAUUGAAGCGCAGGCUUUUUUUUUCUUUCCUGUAGAAUGCUAAGAUAUUGAAAUCCUCCUGAUUGCAUUAAACAGCUGUGAUGCAGUACUCUGCAGAUUUUUUUUUUUUUUUUUUUUAACAAUUUAGCAUUGCAUUUACAUAAAGAAGCAUAAGUUGCAAAAUAUAAUAAGGCAUGCAUCAAAGCACAGCUGGCUGCAUUUGAUAAACUUAAGAACCGGUGCCAGAGGAUUUUGAAGUUUGUUGCUGGGAACUUCUUCAAGGUUCUGCAAUGUUGAAUAAAGUUUACGCUUAAAGCAA